ACAAUUAAAGUAGUGUCUCUGGCAAACAGUAGUAAAUUAGCAAUAUAAAAUGCUAUCUACAGUUUGCUUACUUGCUCAAAUAUUCACAGUUUGUCAAUUGGCAACAAUUUCGGAAGACAACAUUUAUAGCUGCGAAAAAAUUCUUCACAGUAAACCCGUAACAUCUUGUUGGCAAUGCAAGGAAGGAAGUAUUCCAUCAAAAGACAAAUUGACUUGUUUAGAUUGUCCAGAAUUUUGUACAAAUACUGGAUGUCUAUUGGAUAAUCAGGGUAAAACUAUAUGUAAAUCUUGUAAAGAACAUUACUACUUAAAGGAAAAUACAUGUUUUGCAUGUUCCAAUGGGUGUAAAAAUUGUACAAGUUCAAGUAUAUGUCUAGAAUGCUAUUCAAAUUAUGCUGCAAGUGAUUCUACUAAAGAAUGUAUCAAAUGUCCCACAAAUUGCAACAAGUGUACAUGGAAUUUUAAAACUUCUCUAGUUGAAUGUAGUAGUUGUAACCCACUCUAUACUCUGAAAGAUACUACAUGCAUAGCUUGCGGAUCCAACUGUAAAUCUUGCACAUACAGCAAAGAUAAAGGAGUAAGUUGCAGUUUAUGCCAAAAUGAUUCGUAUAAACAAGUUGAUAGCAACAACAUAGCAACGUGUAAACAAUGUUCCAGUUCUAUAGCUGACUGUUUAAAAUGUUCGGAUAAGGAUACUUGUACAGAGUGUCUCUCAAAGCAAUAUGCCAUAACAACAUCAAAGAAAUGCGAAAAAUGUAGCUCCAUCAAUGAUCAAUGCAUUGAAUGCGAUGCGAGUAGUGGAACGAAUGUCUGCAAAAAAUGUAAAUCUGGAUUCUAUGUUAAGAGUGGAAGCUGUGAAUCAUGUCCGAGAAACUGCGAUACUUGCUCUGAAAGUGGUAAUGUUGUCAAAUGUACUAAAUGCCUUCGUGAGUACAUACCAAUCAAGGCUAAGAUAUGCGAUAGAUGCCCCGAUAAUUGUCAAGAAUGUGAAAUAUCUAAUAAUAAACUUGUCUGUAAAUCUGGUCGUUGUUUACCAACAUACGCCCUCGAUUUGAAUGGACUGUGCUCAAAAUGUCCAAGUAAUUGUAAUGUUUGCAGUUGGAGUUUGUCAAAUUCUAGAACUGAGUGUAGUGGUUCGGAAAAGAGUCAUUCCUGCAUUGAGAGCAGCAGUGGAAAUUCUUGGGUAAAAAAGAAUGAUGGAACAUGCUCAGCCUGUCCAAAUAGUUGUAGUAAGUGUCAUUUCGAAACAAGUGAUCAAACAAAAACUCUCUGUUACCCUUCAAAAUGCCACUUGGGAUAUGGGUAUGACGAUGAAACCGGAAAUUGCGUACAAUGUCCUUCCGGUUGCGACUACUGUAAAAAGAGAUCAACUGGUGUAGUUUGCCUGAAAUGUAAUGGUAAAUACGCUCCCAAGUACUCAUCGAUUUCAACUAUAGAAUCAUGUUUACCCUGCUCAAUUCAAAAUUGCGAAUAUUGUGAAGUGAUCAAUGGAGAAGCUCAGUGUUUAAGAUCACCUUGUGCUUCUAAAGCAACAAGUUCCCAGAAUAAAAAAUAUAAAUUUUCAACUAAAACUUGUGAUUCAGAUUGUCCAGAAGAUUUAGCUUGUAAUACUGGAAUGAUCAAUGAUGAACACGACAUCUGCUUUUGUAGAUCCUGUCCAAAGGGGAGCGUUGUCAUAUUAGCUGGUCAAUCGGCAGGAAUUUGUGCAAGUUGCGGAAAUGGAUGCGAAGAAUGCGUAUUAAAUUCAGACCAGACAGAUAUUGAAUGUAAAACUUGUACAGUAGGUCAAUGGGUGUCUGUUGAAAUUGGUGGUAUUUUAAAAAGAGGCUGUUACGAUUGUAACCAAGCAACACUUCAAUGUAAAACAUUAGAAUUAGUAGGAAAUGUAUGCAGGUGUAAAAGUGGGGGUUGUAUUGGUGACCAAACAGAUAUAACAAAACAGACUGUACUGCAAGAAGAUUCAAUGUCAACUUAUAGAAAAUGCAAAGCUUGCUCUGAGCAGUAUCCUAAUGGAUUAUGGUGCUCUGGAAAAUUAACUGGAUCUCCAGCCCAUGCCCUUGAAUUAUGUCAGUAUAGUUAUGUUGAAAAUCCAGCAUCGCCCAAUAGUUGCUUAGAAAUACAAGAUUCUUGUAUCGACUGGAGCAAUACAGAGGGAGCUUCUGGAAAAGUAACAUGUUCAUCUUGCUUUAGUUCACAUUUGACUACAGGCCAGUGUACACCUUGCACAGACAACUGUGUAUCUUGCAUUGUAGAUGGCCCUUCUCAAUAUUGCUUAAAGUGUAUAGAUGGUAUGUCAGGAAGGAACUGUGCACCUGGUAAGGCCACAUGUACAGAGAAGCCACCCAAUUGUGAGGAAAUUUUACAAGAGAAGAGGGGUUCCGUAUGUGAGUGCACUAAAUGCUUAAGUGGAUUUGCAAUCAAACAAUUUCAUGCUCUAUUUGGUUCUGCUUAUAGGAUUGGACUGGAAUGUGACCCAGAGACCACAUCAUCAGUAAUACCUGGUUGCCAUCAAAAGUAUAACAGCCCAACAGGAACUAUAUGCACUAGGUGUACUGAUAAUUAUGUUUUAGAUUCCGAUAUAUGUCAACCAGGAAUUCCCAAUUGUAAAGCUUCAUAUAGCUUUUAUAAAGAUCCAGCAGGAGGAUCAUCAAAAGUUCCUGGAUGUAAGGUUGCAAAACCUAAUUAUAUUCUAACUCCUGGAAGUACUAGUUCUAUUAUUGCUGUUCCAACUGCAAAUCAAGGUGGCACUGCCUGUAAAGGUUAUGUAGCUGCCUCCGGUUCUUUUGCAGCAGAUAAGAGUAGAUGUGGAGCUUGUACUGUUGGGCAUGUUCUUGACUCUGGAAAUGCUAUUAAAUACGAAUGUUUCCCUUGUUCUGCCUCAAAUCUGGAUCAUUGUAUAUUUGCAGUGGUAUCAGAAGGUAAAUGCCUUUGUGGAAGAUGUAGAGCUGAUACAGCCGAUAAAAUAUAUUUUAAACAUCCAAGUCAACCUGGUUGUAUUGAAACUUCAAAAAUUACUGAUUGCACAACUCACAGCAUCAGAUUGAAAAAUGGUCAAUACAGUGUGAGUUGUUCUCAGUGCUCAACUGGUUCUGUCGCUAAUGACUACUUUUCAUGUAUUCCAUGUACAAAACUAUGCACUGGAGGAACAAAAGUUGGCUGUAUUUGCGAUUGUUCUGCAGUUGGUUUCGUAAAUAGCCAACAGACUGACUGCAUCAGUUGCUUAGUAGCUAGUAAACCAUUUUGCGCAGAAGUAGAACUUGAUAACAACAUAUGCAAAUGUAAAAAAUGUAACCCUAAUUAUGCACUAACAGCUGAUAGGUCAGGCUGUGUUAGCUGCCAAACUGGUCCUGGUGGUGCAACAUCUAAUUGUGAAGUUUGUAAUUUAGCUGUGACCAGCCCACUAAAUGAAGUUAUUGCGUGCACACAAUGCAGUAGCGAUUAUACAAUAUUGCAAUCUUCGUCACCUGCAACAAAUCCAACUUGUACUAAAUGUCACGAAGGCUGUUCAAAAUGUAGUGCUGAUUCAUCUGGCAAUACAAAAUGUACCAUUUGUAAAGUUGGCUACAUAUUGAGCAAUUCUGGUACUUGUAUUCAAUGUCCACAAAGUCCGGCACCAUGCACUGAAUGUAGGUUGGACCCUUCAGAUCAAACAAGAGCAAUAUGUUUAGCUUUUGGCUGUUCAACUGGAGCUUUUAGAGAUGCAGAUUUCACAUGUGAAUCAUGUACAAUAAGUGAUUGUGAAAUUUGUAUUAGAAACAUUGAAGGCAAUUUAAAAUGUCUGAAAUGUAAUAAAGGAAAUUUUUUGGAAAGUAGUGGCUCUUGUCAAAAUUGCGUAGCCGGAUGUGAUUUUUGUCUAGAUGCUACUUCCUGUAUUCCUAAUGGCUGUAAACUUGGAUUUACAAGGCACAGAACAAAUGGACAGUGUAUACCAUGCUCAACAGAUAAUUCUGUUGCAAGAUGCUCUUAUAAAGAUGCAGUUAAUGAAACACUCAUACCAGAAGAGUGUAUGAAAGGAUACAAAUUGAACACAACUCAAUCUCCAGCAUCGUGUAACAGUUGUAGUCCAAAUUGUGAAAAUUGCGAAAUAAAUGGACAAGGUAGAUGCGAUUCUGGAAACUGUAAAUCUGGUUAUUUUUACAAUGAUGACGAUCAACAAUGCUACGAAAAAAGAUACGGUUGCUUAAAUUCAGUAAGAAAGAAUGAUCAGACUGUGUGUACUUCUUGCGAUCUAUCAACUCGUGUUUUGGUUGGUAAUUCUUGCAUUUUCUGUCCAACUGGCUGUAAUGGAUGCUCCUAUGAUUUCACAAUAAAAAAAUUUACUUGCUCCAAUUGCAAUUCUAAAUAUUACAAGACAGAUGAGAAUUUAUGUUCAUUAUGUCCAGAAGGAUGUGAAGAUUGUUCAUUAAGUGAUGGAACUGUUACCUGUACAAAAUGUCUUCCUAAGUACGGAUUGAAAGGUUCAAUUUGCAGUAAAUGCGGAUAUAAGGAAUGCCAAUCUUGCGAAAUGAUUUCCGGUAGCACAACUCUAGUAUGCUCAACAUGUUCAAACAGUUAUUAUUUAAAUGAUGUUGAAUGUGGACAAUGUCCAAAAUUUUGUCAGGAAUGCUCCUAUAAUGAAGAAUAUAAAUGCUCUCAAUGCUAUGAUAAAUAUGUUCUGGCAAAUGAUGGUAAAUGUCUACCUUGUCCAUCAAAUUGCCAAACUUGUAUAGUUGACUCGACCAAUACUGUAAAAUGUACAAAAUGUCUAUCAAACGAGUUUUCACUCCAACCAACUGGGAUUUGUUUGUCAUGUUCAGCAGCAACAUUUCCUAAAUGCGUUACAUGCAGUGAAACUCCUACAAAUGGACAAGCAAUAUGUCAUAGUUGCGAAAAAGGUUACAAUUUAUUAGGCAAUAAUAAGGUUUGUCAAUCAUGCGAAAUUGAUGGUUGUAAUCAAUGUAUAUAUGGAAAAGUUUGUGAAUCUUGUAAACCAGGUUUUAAUCUCCAUAAUUUCAAUAGACAAUGUUCCAGGAAAUGUUUUGAAUGUAGAGGAAGUUUGGAAGAUUGCGGAAAAGAUAUAUCAAAUUUGCAGAACUCAACAGAUAAAAUUCGCUUAAUUGAUUGCGGAAUAGGGGAUUGUUGGGCUCACAGAGUAUCAACAAAUUCAUUGUUAACAUUUGAAAGGAAUUGUUCUAUUGAUAUCUGCACAUCUUCAACAACAAAUGAGCAUUGUAAAUCUGUUAAUGGUGUAACUCAAUGUUCCAAGUGUUGUUCAGGAGAGAAAUGUAACAUUUGGGAAUUGGAUGGAAAGGCAGGUGUAGAAAGAUGUGCAAGUUUCUCAAUGUUUAUAAUUUACACAUCCUUUAUCACUUUUACAUAUUUAUUAUAUUAAUUUUUGAGAUUAAAUUUGAGUUAAAAUGUCUUCAAUGUUGUAGAAGGAGGACACUUCUCUACGAAAGAGAGAUUGUAAAUUAACAGUUACUGAUUAUGUAUGUUUUAUUCCUUUCAAAAAUCCUGCACUGUGAUCCAUAAAACAGUAGCCACCUUGAUCUUAGAAUUUCAUCAGGAAUUCCAAAGAUUUAUUUUAUGUAGUCAUCCUAAAGAUAGAUAGUUUGUAUUAGCAGGUUACCCAGUUACCAAACUAGAAUCUAACAUUAAAGUUUAGAUUAUUAUUAGAUUAUUAGAGGAAUAAUAGCAAAAAUCUAUUACUUAUAGUGCAGGAGGAAAACUUUUCCAUUAACCACCCAUUGAUGGUGAAUCUCUUGCUACGAUUAAGUAAAACUGUCACUGUUGACACAUAUGGAAAAAAAAUAUGAUAAUGAAUGUAUUGAAGAGGUAUUAUACUAUAUGUUAACUAAAGAAAAGAAUAGAUAAUAGCAAUAAAUACAGUAUAAGAAGUCUGGAUUAAUAAUUCAUCAUAUAAUAUCCUUCCAAGCCUAUAAUCAUCCCAGAAUUAAGAUAUUUUCUUCUCUAUAUCACCAU